GCAGGUGUGGUACCGAUGACAACGCGGAAGUGUGUUUGGCAGCAGCGCAGAGAGCCGCUGGAGUCAACUGUCCCCGGUCAGACACGAUGUCCGGCAACGACGACAUCCGAUACUGUCACAAAUUCUCCUACGUUUUCCUCAAAUACCUCCUGCUCCUCUAUGCGAUCGUGUUCUGGUUAAUAGGUGGGUUUAUCCUGGCCAUUGGCAUCUAUGCUGAAGUGGAGAGACAACGUUUCAAGACGCUGGAGGGAGUGUUUUUGGCUCCAGCUAUAAUCCUGAUCCUCCUGGGAAUCGUCAUGUUCGUUGUUUCAUUCAUCGGAGUCUUGGCUUCACUGAGGGAUAAUCUGACUCUGUUGAAAGUGUUCAUGUACACCCUGACGAUGUGUCUGAUCCUGGAGCUGCUGGGAGGAGUCUUAGCACUGGCGUUUCACAACCAGACUGUGGAAUUGCUGAACAAGAACAUCCGAAGGGGCAUUGUGAACUACUAUGAUGACCUGGAUUUCAAAAACAUCAUGGACUUUGUUCAGAAGAAGUUUAAGUGUUGUGGAGGUCAGGAGUAUAAAGACUGGGAAGUCAACAUGUACCACAACUGUUCUGCACCUGGUCCACUAGCCUGCGGUGUCCCGUAUACCUGCUGCAUUACUAGAAAGCCGAAUGAAGUGGCAAACACUCUGUGUGGGUACAAGGUGCUGGAGAAAGAGCGUUUGAAUUUAAUUGACGAAAUCUACAUUAGAGGCUGCACUGAUGCAUUCUUCAUCUGGCUGAUGGACAACUACAAGAUCAUGGCUGGACUGCUGUUAGGCAUCCUGCUGCCUCAGUUUUUUGGUGUGAUAGUCAGCUGGCUGUAUAUCACUCGUGUGGAAGACGCCAUCAGUGAAUACGGUCACUACAUGGACGGGCUGCUGAGUUCAAGCGCAGAGGAAAGACAGGCUAAGAGGCAAGGCCGCAUGGCCAAAUGGUUUAGGUGUAUGCCAGAGUUCGACUGAUGGAAACAACAAGCACCAAAAUGGACUUGAGCCAUCACUUACAGUGUGUUCACAGUGUUCAGCAUCAGAUUAUUUAGAGUUUGAUAUUCAAGUGCUCUUUUUUCUCCUCAGUGUCCACUGUUCUAUUAAUUAUUAAUUACUGUGUUGAAAUACAGCCUCCUAAUGGAUGAGUGGAAGUGCUUUUAGCUGCAUUGUGCCUCAGACAGUCUCAGGGAUAAACACAGAAGCCAAUACAACCACUUCUGCUACUGAUGUCACUACAUGAAAUUAGACUCUUCAGUUGCAUCACGCAGUCACAAUCUGCAGCUUUACUUUACUUUUAUAUCUGCAUUUGCUUUUUUCCAAUGAUUAAACCAACACAUGACUUCUUUAUACAACCAGCUGAGAGAGUGUUUUCUUUAAUCCUUAAGCAGGCAAUGUGCCUUUAUUUUUCAUGAAAGUAGACACACUGAGGUUUGAGACUAACAAUGAGUUAUUAUGAAAUGUAUCUGUGGAAUGCAUACUUAGCCUUUACAUCUCCUUAGGACCAGACAAGUGCUCAUUGAACCUUCAUGAUGUGUUCAACUCAACAAGUGUCAUCUUCAAUGGCAUGUCAACAGACAUGUUCUUCAGCCUUUAACUUUGACUUUCCAGUUGAUCUUAAGUGUGUGCUACAGUAUUUAACCAGUGUAUUUACUGUUGUAGGAAAGCAAAGCACUGCACUGAUUAUUCUUUUGUAUUUUUAUGUUGAUUUUAAAAUGAGUACAAAUAAAGUGGCACUGCCAUAUUAACAAGGGGAUAUCUCAGGGUUACCGUGAAGCAUAGCAACCAAGUCUUCUAGAAAUGAUGCUCAUAUAUUAAUAGUUAACCAAUUAGUGAGAUACACAGUUUCAUCUGAACAUGAAGUAAAGCUUCAAGGUAGCAACUCUGCUAAGUCACAAAUUGUUUAUGCAAAACACAGAUCACAGAAAUCACAGUCUUGUGACCUGAAGCACAAGCUAUGGCAUGUUUACUUUAUUACCUGAAAACUACAAUGUUUUCCCCUAUUUUCAAAAAAAAGUGUUUUUAUUCUCUAAACCUCAUCACACACAAGACUCAGAAUUGGAACUGUCUUAGGUGUCAAAGUGCUGGGCUUGUGCACCUUUGGAUGCCUGUGGCUCAGGUGGGAGAGGCGGUUGUCCACUAAUUGUAAGUUUAGCGAUUCAUGGUGAUUUCUUUAGCAAGAUGUUGAACCUGUAGUUUUCCCCAGUGGUGCUGCAAUGGUGUGUGAAUGUGUACAUGUGAAUAAAACAUUGUAAAGUGCUUUGAGCUUUUAGCACUGCUAAGGUUAAAAAAAAAAAAAAAGUGUUGCACAAGUACAUAAGCUGCAUAAGAUCAUUUAACAUUUUACCGUGAGCUACCCAGACCACCCUCCUACAAGUCACUGCUUGAACACUUGUACAAGAGAAUACAAACCAGCUUGCAAUUUCGAUUAUUUCAGAACAAAUUAGGCAACAUUUAAAAAAGUGUAGUUUCUAGGAGACGCCGUUGCAUAGACGUUUAAAUAGGCUGACCAGAAUGUACUGUACAGUGGAGGGAAACUGCCUUAAAACAUCCUGCAGCAUAUAAUCCAGAGCAGUUUUAAGAAUUUGCAGAUAUGCACUUGUUAUGACAGAAUUACUAAAUUGAAUUUAAUGGGCAACUUGAUGUGUUAACUGAUACCAAAGACAUAAUCUUUGUUGAAUUCUUUUUUUUUUUUUUUUUGAAUUUCUGUGACUGUUUCAGCUUUGUAACUUGUGAAGCUAUUUACUGGUGAGUUGAAGGUAAAAGUGUUGUGUAUAUACUCUGUUGGUCGAGGGAUUUUCAUUUUGUUCGUUUUUGCAGUCAGGCUGCACUCAUACUGAAUCAGAUUCACUGUAAAACAGCACCAUGUCUUCUGGCUGGUUGAACUGCAGUGAGUUUUAUAUUUGAUGAUUUAACUCCUUUGGAAAUAAAGACUUUUUUUAUCCAUUUGCAUGAUUGUAAUUACACUGUUGACACCACUCGAGUUACCUCAUUUGUUUGCCUCAUUAAACCAGGCUUAUCUAAUGGUAUUGAAUUAAAGCGUGAAUAAUUAAUGAGGCAUCACAUUAUUUUCAGCUAUUUUGAUUGAAACUGGAAACUAAACUAUGAAUAUAUUGACCCUCUUUUUUUAACAGUGUUACUGUUAUGUGCAUUUUAUUAUCAAUUUUGUUCAUUUUUAUCAGAUUGUGUACUUAGAACCAAACAAACAAUAACAGUUCCCCUCAAUGUGUGGAGAAUGUUGUUAAGUAAGAUACACAACAUAAAUUACAUCAGUCACAGGUAAAGUCCCAUUGUUGUCUUUUUAAAGAUCUAGAUGAUGCAUAAUGCUAUUAAUGUUGUAUUAUUUUUGUUGUUGCAAGGACAUUGAACUGUUCUCACAUGUUUGUGCUAGAGUGUACAUAAAUACAUGCAUGCAUUCAGUAUGUGGGACUCACUGGGAAAUGCAUCAUUUCAAAGUUAGUAGUCUGGUCAGUUCACUGGUUUGCAUAACAGGAAAGGAAAGAACAAUAUUCUCAAAGGUUUUGCUGAUUGAGGGUGGAAAAUAAAACGAUUUAAUGCCCUUUAA